GGCGGCGGCAGCGUCAUCGCUCCUACUGCAGUGGAAUCUCUCCAUCCUCCUGAACACACCCUGCCUGCUGCAGCCUGCAAACUUGCCUCAGCCUCACAUAACACACACCACUCUGUCUCCAGAAAAACAGAAGACAGGAGAGGAACGGCUUGCCGGCGGGAUCCAAGGGAGCAGCAGGAUGGGUAUUGACAGCAUGGGCCCAAGGACCGUUGUGGGGAGUCUUUCCCCAGGCCAGCUGGAAUCCUACCAGAGGAUGGAGCCCAAAACCCUGGGGGCAAUCCAGAUCAUUAUUGGGGCAUUAAUUCUUUGUCUGAGUGCUUCAGUGCUACAGAUCCAUGAAGUCCACUUUACCGGAGAUGUGGCUCUCUUCCUGAUUGUGGUUAUACAGGUGACUUUAUCUGGUGCGGUUUUGGUCCACAGUGGGAGGAGUCCAUCUCUGUUUUGGGUGAAAUGUGUCCUGGUGCUGCAUCUAAUCAGCGCUGCCUUCUCCACCGCUGCCCUAGGCCUGAUGUCCAAACACCUCCCUUACCGCCAGGACUCCUACCACUGUGAACAUUGCCGUAGAUUGGAACUGCAUGCUGUGCAACAUUGUUUCAGGAAAUGCACUGGGCUGAUCGAGCAAAAGUGUAAACUACUGAUUGACGGGAUCUUGGGAACACUGGUGAUCUUCCUAGUGCUGGAGCUGUUGAUCUGUAUCACUGCUAUGUUGUUUGGACUGAGUGUCCAGGCUGCUGGAGGAACUCAGGCUCCCAGCCAGCAGCCAGUCUAUCCACAGACUCGCCCCCCAGCAGUUCCAGCAGUUCCAGCUGUGCAGGCUGUUCAGGCUGCUCCAGCUGCAGAAGAGCCAGCUGGACCAAAGCAGGUGGCAGUAGUUGUGACUGAGCCUGAGUUGGAGCAUGUGGAAGAAAUCUCCACCCCACCCACUGAACCACAGGUGGAACCAAUAGAGGUUGCUGCCGCUGAACCAUAAACCCAAUACUUCAGUCCAUGCUGAAUUCAUGUCAUGUCACUUUUACUGUACAUAUCAAAUGGAAAAGCCGUUCACAUCAACAUUGUAGUAGUAAUAAGAAGUAGGACAUGUAGGAAUUUUUGGUUGCUGUAUAGUACAUUGUGCAAGUGUGUCUAUACAGGCAAUAAACAGGGCAGCAAAGCCGCCAAUAGCAGCUGGCCAAUAAAUAUUAUAUAAAAUGAUCAGUUAUAUUCACAGUAAUGGAAUCACCUCUACUCACAUUAAUGUACGUUUGCAUUUUGUUUAUGAUUGUAAUUCGUAAAUAAAAAUUAAAAUAUGGUGUUCCAACAAGCUGAAUGUUUCAAAGUUGUAGCAAUGCAAAGUUUUCCUGUUCUUCCACUUGUGCCAAUAUGAUCUGAGCAUGGCAUCAGGGUUAUAGUAGCAUUGAUGCAUGUGUUGUGUGAUGCAUCCUCAUGGCACAUUUCAUGGUAUGAGUCAAGUAUAAUAAAGAUAGAUAACCACAUUACAUAUGCUGAAGCAGAGAAGAAAACCCAAGGGUAUUAAUCAUUUUCACAUACGUAACUAUUCUUUAUUCACAAAAAGUGAUGCGUAAAUUUUCUGUUAAUUAAAAGGACCAUACUGGUAA